CCCCGCCCCGGUAGAGGCUGCCCGACAUCCCGGGAAGAGGAGUUGGAGCUGCGCGAGUUAAAGUUGGGCUAAAGGGGGGUGCGAGGAUGCUGCGGAACAAUCUACGAUCUUAUUAAAAUAUCCUAUACGGAGAAACGUGUCCUAAGUGAAGGAUGACUUGCAAAAUACUGAGCAUAUGCCUCUUGUUUUUGGGUUUUCAACAUUGCUCAUCACAGGAAUGUGUUGAUCCGCUGGUGUCUGGGCUCUAUGCCUCCUCCUUCCUGGCUUCCUCCAGAUAUAACUUUCUCUACUCUGCCAACUUCGCCAAAUUGUAUGGCAGCAGUGGUUGGUCCCCAUCCCCCAGAGACAGACAGCCAUGGCUGCAGGUGGACCUGGGCAGGAAGUAUCGACUGCAGGCCAUUGCAACCCAGGGGACCUUCAACUCGUAUGACUGGGUCUCCAAGUACACCCUGCUGUACGGUGAUAGACCAGACUCCUGGACGCCGUACAUCAUGCAAGGAGGAAACUCGACGCUGCCUGGAAACUGGAAUUAUUAUCAGGUGAAGAGGAAUGUCUUCCAUUACGCCUUUACUGCUAAACACAUACGCCUACUGCCUCUGGCCUGGAACACAGAGAACGGAGGAAAGAUCGGAGUGAGGCUGGAGCUCUAUGGCUGCUCUUAUGAUUCCUAUGUGCUACAGUAUAACGGGGAUGACUCGGUGGUCUACAUGUACCCUGGGAAGAGGUCCCGUACACUAGAAGACCACAUUGCCAUAAACUUCAAGACUUUGGAGCAGGAUGGUCUGCUGUUACAUAGUGAGGGGAUUCAAGGUGACCUCUUCACACUGGAGCUCAAGAGAGGCCGUCUUUACCUGCACAUCAGCCUAGGAAGCAGUAUAGUACACAAAGUUAAUGGGCGGACUACGCUGACUGCUGGCAGCCUCCUUGAUAAUCUACACUGGCACUAUGUCACCAUUAAGCGCUAUGGUCGCCAGGUGAACUUCACAGUGGACAGCCAUACAGUGACAGCCAUCUGUAAUGGAGAGUUUACACACUUGGAUCUGGAUACGCAGUUAUAUGUAGGAGGUGUCAUAGAGCAAAAUUUGCCUCACCUGCCCACUACACCAAAUUUCCGUGGCUGCCUGGAGAACGUCUUCAUCAAUGGUGUCAACAUCAUUUACAAGGCGAAGAGAGAAGAAGAAGACAUCCGCAUCCCACGCAAGAAAAAGAUGCACUAUGCCUGCAGGGACAUUCUGCUCAAACCGAUGACUUUUGCCGGCCCAAACAACUACCUGCAGGUGCCGGGCUUCUUCAGAAGGCCUCGCAUGUUUGUCAAGUUUAAGUUCCGCUCUUGGGACUACACAGGGCUGCUAAUGUUUACACGCUUUGCCGAUGACCUGGGUGCCCUCGAGCUGGGAUUAAGUGAGGGACAGAUCAACGUCACCAUAUUCCAGCCUGGAAAAAAGAAACUCCAAUUUGCUGCAGGGUACAGACUAAAUGAUGGUUACUGGCACUCAGUGGAUUUGGCAGCGAGAGACAAUCUGCUAACACUCACAAUUGAUGAGGAGGAGGGCUCUCCACUAAAGAUUACUAACCCUUUCAUGAUUCGAACUGGAGACCGCUACUUUUUUGGAGGCUGUCCCAAAACCAAUAACACGAUACGGAAAUGUGAGACCAAGCUGAACCGAUUCCAUGGUUGUAUGCAGCAUAUUUUCAUCGACAAUGAGCAGCUCGAUAUCGACAUUAUUCUGCAACGACAAUGGGGUCGCUAUGCAGAGCUUCUGUUGGGCACCUGUGGCAUCACUGACAGAUGUACACCAAGUCCAUGUGAACAUGAAGGCAGAUGCAUCCAGUCGUGGGAUGACUUCAUUUGUCUGUGUGAGAACACAGGCUACAAAGGAGAAGUGUGUCACAUGUCGGUUUAUAAAGAAUCAUGCGAGGCCUACAGACUCAGCGGCAAGUAUUGGUCCGGAAACUACACCAUCGAUCCUGAUCUCAGCGGGCCGCUCAAACCAUUUGAGGUGUACUGCAAAAUGAAGUCAUAUAAAGCCUGGACAGUGAUUUUAAAUGAUCGAGUGGAUGGUACCAAGGUGACUGGGAGUUCAAUAGAUCGGCCCUAUAUAGGCAACGUCAACUACUGGAACGCCUCCUGGGAUGAAGUCAGUGCUUUAGCCAACACCUCCAUCUACUGUGAGCAGUGGAUCGACUACUCCUGCUACAAAUCCCGGCUCCUCAACACCCCCAAUGGAAGACCUUUUGGUUACUGGAUUGGUCGUAACAAUGAGAGUCACUAUUACUGGGGUGGAACUUUCCGAGAAGUCCAGAUGUGUGGCUGUGCCAUCAACCAAACCUGCACCGAUCCCAAGUUUCAAUGCAACUGUGAUGCUGACUACAGACAAUGGUAUUCCGAUAAGGGCUACUUGGACUUUAGAGACCAUCUGCCUGUGAGGAGAAUUGUGGUCGGGGACACCAACAGGACUGGGUCAGAGGCGCAGUUCACCGUUGGGCCCCUCCGCUGCCAUGGCGACAGAAGCAUAUGGAACACCAUCGCUUUCACUAAGCCCACCUACAUCACCUUCCCCACCUUCAGGCCUGGCACCAGCGCUGACAUCUCUUUCCAUUUCAAAACCUAUCGUGACCAUGGCGUCUUCCUGGAGAACUCCGAUGACCAACUUCGGAACUUCAUCCGAAUAGAGAUGAAUACAACUCACAACCUCUUAUUUAUAUUCAUGGUUGGUGAUGGCAUCCUCAAUGCCACACUACGCUCGCCUGUACCGCUUAAUGACAACGAGUGGCACUUUGUUCAGGCAGAAAUUAAUGUGAAGCUGGCCCGCAUCAAGGUUGACUAUCAGCCUUGGGCUGUAACGCGAUUUCCAGGUCAGACCUUCGUCACCAUGAAGUUUACACAUCCUAUCCUAGUAGGUGCUGCCAACCGCACGCUGAGACCUUUCUUGGGGUGUCUGCGAGGGUUACGGUUCAAUGGUGUUCCUCUUGAUCUAGAGGGCAAAGUGAAUGAAGAACAGGGAAUAAGGAGGAACUGCACUGGACAGUGUCUGAAUGCUACUAUACCAUGCCGAAACAGCGGCCAAUGCAUUGAGGGCUAUGCUUCCUACACUUGUGAUUGUAACAACACAGCUUUUGAUGGUUUCUACUGCCAUAAAGAUAUCGGAGCCUUCUUUGAAAUCGGGUCUUGGCUAAAAUACAACAUAAGAAAAAAGCCUAUAACAGACGAAGCAGCAUGGGCAAACUGGAUCGACCCUCACUACGACAACUUUAGCCUGGGCUACAACGACACAGCAGAUGACAUCGAGUUCAGUUUCAGCACAGUUCACGCGCCAGCUGUGUUGCUCUACAUCAGCUCCUUUGUCCAAGACUACAUCGCUGUCAUCCUCAAGACUGACGGUAGUGUCGAUCUGAGGUAUAAGCUGGGGCUCAUAACACACAAGUACCAGCUGACUCACCGUAACCUAGCAGACGGAUACCCCCACUAUGUCAACAUAACCAGACACAACAGAACCAUCAAAACACAGGUGGAUUAUAUGGAGCCUAUAGUUGAGAAGAUAACACUAGUGGAGGAUGCCAGGUUUGAUUCUCCAAAGUCCAUGUUCCUCGGCAGAGUGAUGGAGGUUGGAGACAUUGACUACGAGAUCCAGAGGCAUAACGCUCCCGGCUUCAUAGGCUGCAUAUCUGGGGUGAGGUACAACGUCUACGCCCCUCUGAAGGCUUUCUUCCGACCCAAUGAAACAGACCCUCCGGUAACGACGCAAGGCUACGUGUCUGAAUCUAACUGUGGCGCUUUCCCUCCUAUUCUGGGUUAUGUACCUUGGGAAGUAGACCCCUGGUUUACUGGCAUAGAGUAUUUUUAUAUCCAUGAUGACUUAGGAUUGUUUUGGAUAACAGUCAUUGUCAUCCUGGCGCUGCUCCUGCUCUUUGGAGGCCUGUACAGCAUCUACGUCUAUGCGUAUCAGCAGAAGGGCAGUUACCGCACCAAUGAACCCAAGAACCUGGAGUCCCCAAGCAGCGCCAGGCCGCUGACCGAGACUCUGAGGAGAGAGAAAAAGAACCUUCCAGAAAUUGAAGAGGAGUUCAGGAGCGACUAGCGUCACAGGACCUUUGGGGAAGUGGGCGGGGGUUCGACUGGGGGGUUUGGGGAGAGGGAAAUAGCACUUACAACAACCACAGAUACCCGUUUUAUGUUUUCAAAUUCCUCAUUCUUUUUUUAUAUAUAUUUUUUGGUUUUUGUUUUUCUGGCUGAGUGGGAUCUAAUGCCUGGUGCUCUACAUAGUAUGUAUUUUGGUAAGGGUUUAAAAGUUCACAUCAAGCCCCAUGUUGCGUGAGAAGCCAACAAGUCUCACACUGUAUCGCAGGGUGAAAUACUGAAGUGCCUCAUCUAAGCCAGCUUGAUCUGAAUUAACCAUAAUAGCUUAUUCAGAUAGGGUUUAGAUUUGACACUGUGGAUCACAGGACCAUGAGUUUAAGGUAUUCAGACUUGUAUGAAUACAUUUUGUUUUUCCUGAGCCAUUUUUGAGACUGAUUAAAGCUAAAAAAGUAUCUAACUGUAUAAACUAUAAUGACAUCUUAAAUAUACCUUUUAAUGACAAUCUCUCGUGGAGCAAUUUUUGACAACAAAGCUCGUAAUCCAUGAGCUCAUCUGCAAACUGAGACAGUGCAACAAAAAUCCAGAUGACUGAAACACAACUGAAUAAAAACAACAAACUUAAUAGAGAGCAUAAGGACAAGCAUGGAGCUUUGAGAUGUUAAGCUUUAAGAUGACACAUACUCAGAUUGUUAAAGGUAUAUAUGCUUAUAUUUGUUGUAUUGCAGCCUAUAACAGUGCAUUACCUAUACAGAAUGGCACAUGUAAGUGGUUUCAGAAUUGCUUAAGUGUCAGUAGAUAGCAGCUUUGCCAAUAACAGUGUGCUCAGAACACAUUCUCAAGGAUGGGGCUUUAGAAAUGGGAUUGUGUCAUUUGUACCUUUUUGAGAGCUAACAGACAGUUGUACUGAAGAAUCAAAACUAACGUGGGAGUGAUAAUGCCCGAAAGGACAAUAUGACCCUGAUACCAAACUUCUCAUUCUGUCUUAAAUCUGGUAGCUUAUUUUAUAGUCGAGAUGUCAAACACUGGUGCCACUGAGUGUUUGACCUUGCAAACAUCUGUAACAACGGUCGAAGAAAACCCCCAAAGUUUUCUCGCAUUCUUUUCACACACACAAGACUAAAGAUCUUUCAGAAAGAACUGUUUCCUAUGGCCAUGUGGAGAAGCAUCAACACAAACACGAGUGCACACACACAAAACAACAUAAUGUACAGAGGACCACAAGAGUGUAAAUGCAUAUCUUUACCCUCCAACUCAUACUGCUAGAAUAUUUUUGCAUCACGCUGUAGGACAGCAGCGGGCCACGCAGUCCUUGCUGCUGCUGCUGCUGCUUGUUUAGCUGCUUUCAGUGGAAAGUUAAAAAAAAUUGUACCUUUAGUCUGAUGAAAUUUCCUCCUUGGCAAGUUGAAAUUUCAUUUUAUCUGUUGCAACCAAAGCUUAGGUCUUCCAUCGCUCACUGCAGCACUUCUUGAUACUAAAAAGCACUAUUGUCUAUGUGAAAAAAAAAAAACACUUGUAACAUAUUAGCUAUGCAUUUGUAGAGCAUGAGCGCACUUUGCAGUACCAUGCAAUAAUAUGAGCUUCUUCCAGCCACCAACGAUGUUAUCGUCUCAGAUUACUUUGCUGAUGCACAAUAGCAAAUAGGGUGUAAUAAGUGAACAUGUGAAUAUAAGUACAAUGUGUUAAACAACCUUUAUAAUGCUAUGGUUUAUAUGAGACAGGUUAAUAGAGUUACAUAGAGUACCUUGAAUGUAAAUCAUUUGACUCUGUAUUGUAUGAGCAGACACUACACAUGUUCUCAUUGUAGGCUGCUUAGCACUGAAAGUAAAAUAUCUCAUGGUAGCUUCUUCGAACGCUCAGGAAACAGAAAGUACUUAGAAACCUCACAAACUCCACAUUGUUUUAUUUCUGUUACAGCUGGGCCUAACUGUGCAAAGUGUACAGUCAAAGAAUGUAAAGUAGAUGUGAAAACUGCAAUUAAAGGCACGAUUUGCUAGUAAGAUAUGAAAAUGUACAGAUCCGGCCAAAGAUAGCAUUUUCAGGCUUUAGUUUUAAGAAUGAUGUAAUGAGAUGAAUGAUAAUGAAAAGUGGGCAAAGUUUUUUUUAUUCAAUGGACAAUCACCAUGCAAAGUUCAUAUUAGUCAUAAGCCAACAUGCUUGAGUCAAAUAUGCUUUGUUGCCUAAUAGGGAAAGUGUCGACUUCAGUGUUGUAUAAUGUAUUCUCUCAUUGUAUUCACUGGUAAACAUUCAGCUUAGCAGUGUCACCUCAUUGUCACUCACUAUUAAUCAUGCGUGGUCCCUGGAGUGUGUGUCUGUGCGACUGACUGGAUGUGUAGGUGUUUGUGUAUUCAUUUGCCCAGCAAGAUUCAGCCUGCUGGUGUUAAACAAUGACUCUCAUGUAAAAAAAUAAUAAUAAUAAAAUACAAAAAAAAGCUAAUGUGCACCGUUGCCAACCAUCCAACUCACUUAUUGUAGUGCACCAACAGAGUUACAGUGAGAGAGGAACACGGCUAGGUGUAGCUUAGAGAGGCUUCUCAGUGUUCUGAAAGGUACAAGCACGUUAAAUCAGUGCAUAUCCUAAAAUCUCCUUACUGCAUCAGAGGGAUUAAGAUAAAAUGGCCACUAGGGGGAGUAGGUGAAAAGGAUGUUGUUAGCUCGACAGGGUAUCUACUGAUUUAAAGAAAAAGUCAGAUGUGUGAAGUGCUGUUAAAUUCUCUUUUGUCAAAGCAGUGGAAAGUUCAGAAAUGAAAUACAGUACAGAAUAAAUUCAGUUGGAGUGAUGACUAUCAAGUAACUGUUCUGAGUUCUUUGCAAACCUGAGAUUUCAUGCAUAUUAAUGCUGAGAUAUUUUCAUAGGUGACAAGACAGUGUUAGAUACCCACCCAAUAGUGGCAUCGCUUAUAAAAUCAAAUGAAGCACCCGAGUGAGGAGUAUGAGGUGAAGACAGAUCAGACUCGUCUGCACCAACAAACUGAAUCCUUCUGCAACAGGUACCAGAGAUGAUCAUUACAGGUGUUUGUGAUCACACUGAAAUGUAGGACUUUUUCCUGUACUGGAGUAUGCUCAGUUUUGUUUUUUUGUAAAACCUUCACUGUAAAUGACCAUUACUGUGUAAAUCAAGGCAACGCCAAAUUGUCACUACAAUAAAAGAAGCUUGAAGGAAA